AUACUUCCGGUCUUUGUGACUCAUUGUGUCUGUGUGGAGGCGUCGGGAGGGCCUAGGUCGGUGUGCGGUGCCUUUCGGCCGGCCUGAGCCCCAGAGUCAGCUCCCCUUUCUCGCCCAGCACCCCCAGGCCGCUCCCGGGGCACACGAAAUAGUACAGAAACAAAUAUAAAGCAUCUUCUAGGACAGAAAGGCCACACAAGACCCUGUUUGCAUCACGCCAGCUCCCUGAGCCUGAAUGAUGACUGCUGAAUCAAGGGAAGCGACGGGUCUGUCUCCACAGGCUGCACAGGAGAAGGAUGGGAUCGUUAUUGUGAAGGUAGAAGAGGAAGAUGAAGAAGACCACAUGUGGGGGCAGGAUUCCAGCCUGCAGGAGACCCCUCCUCCUGACCCAGAGAUAUUCCGCCAGCGAUUCAGGCGCUUUUGUUACCAGAACACUUUUGGGCCUCGAGAGGCUCUAAGUCGACUGAAAGAACUUUGUCAUCAAUGGCUGCGACCAGAAAUAAACACCAAGGAGCAAAUCCUGGAGCUGCUGGUGCUGGAGCAGUUCCUUUCCAUUCUGCCUAAGGAGCUUCAAGUCUGGCUGCAGGAGUACCGGCCCGAUAGUGGAGAGGAGGCUGUGACCCUUCUGGAAGACUUGGAGCUUGAUCUGUCAGGACAGCAGGUCCCAGGUCAAGUUCAUGGGCCUGAGAUGCUUGCCAGAGGGAUGGUACCUCUGGAUCCAGUUCAGGAGUCCUCAAGCUUUGACCUUCAUCAAGAGGCUACCCAGUCCCAUUUCAAGCAUUCCUCUCGGAAACCCCGCCUCUUGCAGUCCCGAGCUCUCCCUGCCACUCACGUUCCUGCCCCUCAUCACGAGGGGAGUCCCAGAGACCAGGCGAUGGCAUCUGCACUAUUGACGGCAGAUUCCCAGGCAAUGGUGAAGAUCGAGGACAUGGCCGUGUCCCUCAUCCUGGAGGAAUGGGGAUGUCAGAACCUGGCUCGGAGGAAUCUCAAUAGGGACAGCAGGCAGGAGAAUUAUGGGAACGUGUUUUCCCAGGGUUGUGAAACCAGGAGUGAGAACGAGGAGUCAACCUCAAAGGCUGAAGUCACCGAAGACUCAGUGUCGCAUGGGGAGAAAGCAGGAAGAUUUCAGAAAGAGUUUGGAGAGAAACGUGAACAGCAGGGCAGAGUAGUAGAAAGGCAGCAGAGAAACCCUGAGGAGAAAACUGGAAAAGAGAAGAGAGAAUCAGGUCCAGCUACAGCCCGGGAAAGAAAACCUGCCGCGGGGGAGAGAGGUCCGAGGGAGAAGGGAAAAGGGUUGGGAAGAAGCUUCAGUCUGAGUUCAAACUUUAACACCCCUGAGGAGGUUCCGACAGGAGCGAAGUCUCACAGAUGUGAUGAAUGUGGUAAAUGCUUCACAAGAAGUUCAAGCCUUAUCCGCCAUAAAAUCAUCCACACUGGAGAGAAACCCUAUGAAUGUAAUGAGUGUGGGAAAGCCUUCAGUCUCAACUCAAACCUUGUCCUGCAUCAGCGAAUCCACACCGGAGAGAAGCCUCAUGAAUGUAACGAGUGCGGCAAGGCCUUCAGUCACAGCUCGAAUCUCAUUCUGCACCAGCGCAUUCACUCUGGAGAGAAGCCCUAUGAAUGUAACGAGUGUGGGAAGGCCUUCAGCCAGAGUUCAGACCUCACCAAGCACCAGAGGAUCCACACAGGAGAGAAACCCUAUGAAUGUAGUGAGUGUGGGAAAGCUUUCAACCGAAACUCGUACCUUAUUUUGCAUCGGAGAAUCCACACCCGCGAAAAGCCCUACAAGUGCACUAAGUGUGGCAAGGCCUUUACCCGGAGCUCGACCCUCACUCUGCAUCACAGAAUCCAUACUGGAGAGAGACGUUAUAUAUGUGCCGAGUGUGGGAAAGCCUUUAGUAAUAGCUCAAAUCUUACCAAACACCGGAGAACGCACACUGGGGAGAAACCUUACGUGUGCACCAAAUGUGGGAAGGCUUUCAGCCACAGCUCAAACCUUACCCUCCAUUACAGAACCCACCUGGUGGACCGGCCCUAUGACUGUAAGUGUGGAAAAGCCUUUGGGCAAAGCUCAGACCUCCUUAAGCAUCAGAGAAUGCACACAGAAGAGGCGCCCUAUCAGUGUAAAGAUUGUGGAAAGGCUUUCAGUGGCAAAGGCAGCCUCAUUCGACACUAUCGCAUCCACACUGGGGAAAAGCCCUAUCAGUGUAACGAGUGUGGGAAGAGCUUUAGCCAGCACGCAGGGCUCAGUUCACAUCAGCGCCUCCACACUGGAGAGAAGCCCUAUAAAUGUAAGGAGUGUGGGAAAGCCUUCAACCACAGCUCAAAUUUUAAUAAACAUCAUAGAAUCCACACUGGGGAAAAGCCCUAUUGGUGUAAUCAUUGUGGAAAAACCUUCUGUAGCAAGUCAAAUCUUUCUAAACAUCAAAGAGUCCACACUGGAGAGGGAGAAGUACUAUAAUUGUCAAGUAUCCCUCUUUCGUUGUUGUUUUGUUUUUAUAAACCUUAGAACGUAAAUGUAGGGAGAAGCCUGAGAUGCAGUAACCUCUGUUGAUAGAUUUUGUUCCACUCACCAUCAGGGUUGCCUGUAGAGUGACAACUCCACAGCACUCCGAAGGCAGGGGGUCCCCUCCCCAUACUUGAGGGCCCAGCAGGUCAUGCCAGCCUUGCCUUCUGCAUAAACUGAUGUAUAUCCAGUGUAAUUGAGAAAUACUAAAACUGCUUAACCUUUCAACAUGUAUUCCAGAGUAUAACUUGUGAAGAAUUGAUACACUGAACACAGUUUAAUUGAAUUCAGAAUAAACUUAUAACAUCAUAUCCUGCCUUAGGACUCUUAUUGUGAUAAAUGAUGUAUUCAUUAUUGAAAAUGACUACAGAUGAAAUUAUUCCUACUGGUUUAGCUCUUAGAAAUUUUGGAAUGAGGGUAAGUAAGGCUUUUGGUACUUUCUGAAUGUGUACUGAGGGGUUGUGGCAGUGUGUAUAGCAGCUAUAUUUUGAUCUACAUUGUGUUUAUUUGCUGCAUAUUGAGUACAUUGUUUUCAUUGUUGGGAUUAUUUCGUCAGCUUCAUGUGCAUUUUGGUUGUACCUAUUCUGUCUAUUCCAAGGUCAAUUAAAAUUGACUCUCCCUGGGCAGCUUCCUUCUUCC